AUGGAAAAGUACAGUCAAUUUCGCGAUCGAGCAACGGGUAUUGCGCCCUUUCUUCCCGUCUCGACACCCGUUUCAGCGGUCGCGAUAUUCACCCACGCCGCCCUCUUCCUCUUCCGCCUCCCAUUCUUCAUCGCCUAUUUCAUCGGCUACUUUCUCUUCUUCCACUUCCUUCCGCUACCCGUUAUCUUUAGAAAAGUUGCCCUUUGGGGUUUGAUGGCCAUACCGGGAAUAUGGUGGAUUGAUCUGCAGCUGGACGGCGUCAAACGUGGCACUUUGGCAGACCAGCCCCGCGAGCGCUUCCCUCACCCCGGUUCAGUUAUUGCUGUCAACUUCUCGAGUCCCAUCGAUGCAAUCUACCUCGCCGCCAUAUUCGAUCCCAUAUUCACGAUCUCAUUUCCUGAUACCCGCCUCGUGCAGCGUGUUAGCUUACUGGGUGCUGUUCUGGCAGCUCUCUCGCCAGUGCGAACUGCUCCUCCCAAGAACGCCAAACUCGUCGAAAUCAAGGACCUUUUGGCCAGCAACCCUGGACAAGUCGUGGCCGUUUUCCCCGAGUGCGGAACUAGCAAUGGAAAGGCUAUCUUACCUUUCAGCCCGAGCAUCCUUCAAACACCGGCCGACGUCCACAUUUUCCCUGUGAGCAUUCGAUACACACCCUCCGACGUCACGACACCUGUGCCUGGGAAGUGGUUCCGAUUCCUGUGGGAUCUGCUUUCUCGACCAACGACAUGUAUUCGUGUGCGCAUCGCCGAGGGACAGAUCAACACAUCCGCGGCAAAGGUCAACGGUGUCUCGCAUUCUGACCCCACCGAGCUGCGCCGACGUAACGAUGUGAGCGCUGGCGUCACUGCGGACGAACAGCGUGUUCUUGACCGCGUGGGCGAAGCUCUGGCUAGGCUAAGCCGUGUCAAGCGAGUUGGCCUGACGAUGAAGGACAAGGCGUCCUUUGUUGACGCACUGAACAGCAAGAAAUGA